AUGUCUUCUUUCGAUUCUUAUAACGCGAAGACCACUAGCAUCAGCUAUCCAUGGCCAGCAGAGGUCAAUGGCAUCGAGCGAAUCGCUCUUUCCGCACAGGGCGACCUACAACGUGUCUUGAGUGCAUUUUUUGCUCGACCCAUCGUGAUAGCUCUUGUGUACUCGGAAACCACUCGUCAGAAGAGUUUGCAGUCGCCUAUGGAGCCAGUACAAACACCUACUGAGGCUAUCAUCCAGUCUGCUUCUCCAGAGUCGCCUAUCACGCAGACCCGACAAGUUCACCUUCAGUGCGCAGGGAAGAUCGUUUGCACUGCGACAUCGACUGUCCGGAUCACAUCUCCCGACUGUGCCCGGCUUUUCCUCCAGGAGAAGUAUGCCAUUGGCCAAAUGUUCAGGCGCCUCGAGAAGGUCCCAGCAUUUGAGCUGCUCUCUGUCGCACUAGGGCCUGUCAAAGGCGAAAGGCAACCUUCCUCAAGCUUCACUGUCAGCAAAGAUGACUCUAAACAGCUCUGGAGAAAGUAUACACUCGUGAUCCCUAAUUUCGAGUGCGAGAUCUUGGAAGUUUUCCCCUCUCGCGAAAUGUUUUUGAGAGGCGAAAAUUGGCUUACAGGCACCCGAGCUGAUUCUAUUCCUGAACUCGGAGGCAUCGUUGCUACCAAGGUGGAUGGAAAUAGUCCUAUGGUGUUCAAACAGAGCCUUAGCUUGGUUCUUGCUGCCGGGUUUCUUAUUAUGCUUAUCUUCGAAGUCUCUAUCUAUGCUGGUGGCCGAUCUAGGUUUUGCUAG